AUGGAAUGGAAAUGGAGGCCAACUUAUUAUCACCCAUCCCCUGCUGAGGCCGAGCCCAUUUCCUGGCGACAGCCCCCAGCUGAGGCCGAGCCCCGCUCCUACUGGCAGCAGCCACCUGCUGCAGCCCCCCAAGGGGCAGAUGCACCGCGCUGGAACCAAGAUCCACGCCCAUCCUCGGCGGCUGAGCCUCGCUCCAGCUGGCAGCAGCCACCAACUGCAGCCGCUGGGGCCCCGCGCUGGAACCCGGACCCACGCCCGGCCUCGGAUGCCGACCCCCGCCCCUACUGGCAGCAACCACCAGCUGCGGCACCUGCGGGACCACCAGGUGCACAUGCACCGCUCUGGAACCAGGAUCCACGCCCAUCAUCUGCGGCCGACCCCCGCUCUAGCUGGCAGCAGCCGCCAGCUGCGGCCCCACCAGGAGCAUAUGGACCGCUCUGGAACCAGGAUCAACGCCCAUCAUCUGCGGCCGAGCCCCGCUCUAGCUGGCAGCAGCCGCCAGCUGCAGCCCCAUGUGCAGAUGGGCCGCGCUGGAACCAGGAUCAACGCCCAUCAUCUGUGGCCGAGCCCCGCUCUAGCUGGCAGCAGCCGCCAGCUGCGGCCCCACCAGCUGCAGAUGGACCGCGCUGGAACCAGGAUCAACGCCCAUCAUCUGUGGCCGAGCCCCGCUCUAGCUGGCAGCAGCCGCCAGCUGCGGCCCCACCAGGAGCAUAUGGACCGCUCUGGAACCAGGAUCAACGCCCAUCAUCUGCGGCCGAGCCCCGCUCUAGCUGGCAGCAGCAGCCGCCAGCUGCGGCCCCACCAGCUGCAGAUGGACCGCGCUGGAACCAGGAUCAACGCCCACCAUCUGCGGCUGAGCCCCGCUGGCAGCAGCCGCCAGCUGCGGCCCCACCAGCUGCAGAUGGACCGCGCUGGAACCAGGAUCAACGCCCACCAUCUGCGGCUGAGCCCCGCUGGCAGCAGCCACCAGCUGCGGCCCCACCAGCUGCGGCCCCACCAGCUGCGGCCCCACCAGCUGCGGCCCCACCAGCUGCGGCCCCACCAGCUGCGGCCCCACCAGCUGCGGCCCCACCAGCUGCAGAUGGACCACGCUGGAACCAGGAUCAACGCCCACCAUCUGCGGCCGAGCCCCGCUGGCAGCAGCCGCCAGCUGCGGCCCCACCAGCUGCGGCCCCACCAGGAGCGUAUGGACCGCUCUGGAACAAAGAUCAACGCCCAUCAUCUGCGGCCGAGCCCCGCUCUAGCUGGCAGCAGCCGCCAGCUGCGGCCCCACCAGCUGCAGAUGGGCCGCGCUGGAACCAGGAUACACGCCCAUCAUCUGCGGCCGAGCCCCGCUCUAGCUGGCAGCAGCCACCAGCUGCGGCCCCACCAGCUGCAGAUGGACCGCGCUGGCACCCGGAUCCGCACCCGGCCUCGGACGCCGAGCCCCGCUCUCGCUGGCAGCAGCCACCAGCUGCAGCUGCUGCGGCUCCACCAUGUGCUGAUGCCCCGCGUUGGAACCUGGCCUCGGAUGCCGAGCCCUGCCACUACUUGCAGCAGCCGCCAUCUGCGGCAGCUGCAGCCCCACCAGGGGCAGAUGCACCGCGCUGGAUCCAGGAUCCACGCUCAUCCUCGGCGGCCGAGCCUCGCUCCAGCUGGCAGCAGCCACCAACUGCAGCCGCUGGGGACCCGUCAGGUGGUGAUGCACCGCGCUGGAACCAGGAUGCACGCCAGGCCCCAGAUGCCGAGGCCCGCCACUACUGGCAGCAACUGCCAGCUGCGGCAGCUCCGGCCCCACAAGGUGCAGAUGCACCGCGCUGGAACUCGGACUCACGCCCGGCCUCAGAUGCCGAGUACCGCUCAUACUGGCAGCAGCCACCAUUUGCAGCUCCACCAGGUGCAGAUGGACUGCGCCUGUCCUCGGCGGCCGAGGCCCGUCCCAGCUGGCAGCAGUCGCCAGCUGCAGCCCAACCAGGUGCAGAUGCACCGCGCUGGAACCAGGACCAACGCCCUUCCUCGGCGGCCGAGCCCCGCUCCAGCUGGCAGCAGGUGUCUGAGGCCGGGGGUCCAACAAACCCGUCGCCUACCCCUUCUGUGAGCAGUCUUCCUGUGGCAGAUUACAAUACAGAUGCAUUAGAAGAGGAGGAAGAGGAGGACGAUCCUGUCAAGGAUGAUGAUAAACCAACUAGACUCGUCAUUGGGGACAGCUCCAAAGGUGGAAUUUAUCUCCCAGGAAUUAGCAAGCCUAGCGAUGUGAAAUCGGCAAAUGGCAGCAAGCAAAAUUGUGCAAAAGAGCCUGUGAAAACGAAACCAAAGAAGGGGCGAGGGGUUCAGGAAAGGACUUUAAAUAAGCUUCGAGAGGAGGCUGAAAAAACUUUUGGGCAAACUAAACCACAAGAAGGGCCCUUAAAGAAAAGGCUGAGACAUAACUCCACCAAACCCUCUACUAAAGCAUCUCUGCCAAAAGCUCAUGAAUGGGAUGAGGCCAGUGGCAGAGUAUCCAAAAAUUUGGCCAGCGGGUACCGCAGGUGCUCUCAAACAUAUAUCGAUGAAGAGGUUCAAGCUUUGAAAGAAGCAGGGGUCAUCUUACCCAAUGGCUUCCAGCAGAUGCCCCCCCUGUUCUCUGAGGAAGGGGAGAAGUUUAUUCAAUCCUUAGAUUCGGAUUCAAAUUCUGAUUAG